AUGAAUGAGACGGGGAACGGUACGGUGACAUUGUGGGAGUUCCGAGAGUACUUUAACCUGCCAGACGAUCGCUCCACCACAAGGCUUUUCCGCUGCUUCGACGAGGAUCGCGACAACAGGAUUGGCUUCCUGGAGCUAGUCGUGGGCAUGUGGACAUACUGCUGCAACUGUAAUGCUUCAGUGGUGUGCCUAUGCUUCGACCUGCUAGACAUGGACCACAACGGGAAGAUCGGGGCCGACGAGUUCAACUUCAUGAUCGUGGAUGUUUUCGGGCCGGAGUGGGAGAAAAACGACGAGGCCAAAGCUGUCCACACCUGGUUCCACGAGAGAGACGAUGCCCUGCUUGGUUUUCCCGAGAUGGACAUGGAUGCCUGGUCUGCCUUUGUGUCCGCCAACCCUCAGAUUCAAGCCCCCGCGGUCCACACACGGCUGGUCCUCCAGAAAAAGGUGCUCGGUGUCGGCUUCUGGACUCACUGCCUGCCGAAGAACAUGACGAUCUUCUUGGGACGCACGGCUACCGUCGAGCAAAUCCUCAGCGCGCAUGUGUCCCCGAACAUUCUCGAGGAGCUCGCGCAGGACAGGAGGCUGGAGCUGGACCACGACGACAGCACACAGUUCAACCUCCGGGUCAUUCGCCGCACGGGACCAUUUCCCCGGCGAAGAAAAUACAGAGAUAUGGCAGGGAAAAAGCUGAGAGCAAAGGCGGCGGCAGCUGUCGGGGCGGUGGCGGCAGACAACGUGAAAAAAUUCGCCACAUUGACGGUGCGGGAGGCCUUCGAGAGAGUCACCGUGCCGGCCGGCAAGGACGCAACGUGGGAAGAUCCUAAACCGCCAUCGACGCUUCAGGCGCUCAUGGCAAGCCUGACGGCCAUCGUCGAGCGCGCACCACCGGGCGGGGCGCCGGCUGCCGGCAGCAGCGCCUCACCAUCCCUCUCACGGAGCCCGGCGUCAAGAUCACCAACCUCCUCCAAGAAGAGGAAAAAUAACAAGAAAGGGGCUCCGCCCGAUGCGCUUGCUCUGCUCAAGAACCGUCCCGGUAUCGACGGAGCCCCUCUCGGAUCGCCGGCGGUCGCCCCCUCGUCGCCGACCGGCUCGGCGGUUGACGCAGACCCGGCCAUCGCGAACGCCUUCUACGGGCUGAAGCCGUUGCCGGAGGCGGUAGCACCGGUUAGCCCGUCGGCCGCCGCCGGCUCGGGGAGGGACCGGGCCAAGACGGCGGCGCGGACGGCGAAGAAGGGGGUGUCCCCAGCGGCAUCGUCACCGGAGGGGUCGAGAGCCGUGGGGGGGGGGAAGAUCACCCUCUCGAGGACCGGCAAGGAGCUCGUUGGUGCCGGAGAGGUUGGGUGCGUCGGUGUCCCGGGGGGGGAAGGCGGGACGGGGACGCUGAGCGCCCGGUUGCUCGGUGGGGCCAACGGCGUCCGCAGUGGGUGA